UAAAAAAUAAAAAGUCUAAUUUUACAAGGCGGAGUGCAUCUUGCAUUGGUGUAAUUUUAAAAUAUUUGGACUAUUAUUAUAAUAACUGCAUGAUAAUGGGACGCUCAAGAUCAAGAAGUAAAUCCCCUCGUCGGCAUCAUAAAAGUAGUAAACAUUCAAGGAAGAAAAGUCGAUCCAAAGACAGAUCCUCAUCGCGUAGUAGAAGCACAAAACAUGCCGAAAAAUCAAGAGAAAGAAGUUCUAAAUCACGGAAAAGGUCACAUUCAGUUUCGUCUUCUUCAAGUACUGGUGGAUCUUACGAUGGCAGCCGGGGUAGGAAAAAGUCAAAAGGCCGUAGCAAAAUGGAUGAAGUUGAUCGCCUAGCUGAAAUGGAAAGACAAAGACGUGUUAGAGAAGCGGAACAAAAGGUAAAUAUGGUCGUUGAAGAAGAAGCGGCGAAAAGAAUAGAACUUCUCGUGAAGAAGAGAGUAGAAGAGGAAUUAGAAAAACGAAAAGAUGAAAUAGAGAGAGAAGUGGCAAAAAGAGUAGAAGAGGCGAAGCAAAAAAUGGAACAAGAAAUGAUGCAAGAACUGGAGAAACAGAGGGAACAGCAGAAGCGGGAGGAAAUGGCCAGACAGGCUGAAGAGGAACGUAAAAGGAAAGAGUUGGAGGAUAUCAUGGCUGAAAAUAAUAGAAAGAUAGAAGAGGCACAACGCAAGUUGGCUGAAGAAAGGCUAGCAAUGAUAGAAGAACAACGAAAAAUGGAUGAAGAACGGCAAAAGUUGAAGAAAGAACAAGAAAAGAGAGUAAAGGAGGAACAAAAGAAAAUAUUAGGCAAAAAUAAUUCAAGACCCAAAUUAUCAUUUUCAUUGAAACCACUUUGAUAGGUCCAUCUACGUUUUAAUUAUUCAGAUACUUUCCAAUUAGUUUUCCGCGCAUUUAUGUGUUAUUUUAUGUCAUUUUAAACUGGCAACAAUAAUUUGCUACGGUUUAUUUUAUUCACCAUUAUUUCUAUAUAACUGUAAAUAUAUUUUAAGGUAGUAUUUGUUGUAGGUUAAUAAAAUUGCGGUAUUGUUUAUUUUAUCAUCAAUUUAAUGUACAAUAGUAUGUAUGUGUAUAUCACAAAUGUAUGUAAACAUAUUGAACAAAACAUUCGUCAUUUUAAUACAUAUUUGUGUAAGUAUCACCAUAUAUUUGAAGUGAAACUUCUUUAUCGGGGUCGGAAAAAAAUUUUGUGUAACAUUUUUUCGUUACGCGUGACAUUUUUCCGUUACGC